CUGGGAGGCCAACCCAUCACGUCAGCCGCAGUACACGGGGGAGAGCUGCCGGAGCUUGAGUCGGGCGCUAAACUGCCAGCGCAAUGGCCGCACCAACAUGCAGUACCUGCAGUACGAGUGGCGCAGCCCUGAGUGCCACAUUGAGAGGUUCGAUGCAUCUGCCUUCCUGGAGCGCAUGCGCAACAAGGUGUUUCUGGUCGUCGGGGAUUCCCUCACCUUAAACUUCUUUUCAGCUCUCCAAUGCCUCAUUGAGACAGUCACCCCCACCAAGAGCAGGGAGGGCCCGCUGUUCCCAGGAGGGCCGAGCGCGCAUGCCGUGCUGGCGCCGCACUUCAAUGCCACCUUCCUCCGCCAGGCCGCCGCCUUCCUCGCCCGAUCCAGUCCGACUGGCGGCGGCGAUAGGACGAGUAGUGGCAGCACGUGGACGGUGCAUCUGGACCAAGUGCAUCCCGAGUGGGCGCCUGUGCUUCAAUACACCGACUAUGUGGUCUUUGGGACCGGAGCGUGGUACACCACAGCCAACCUCAAGCAGCGGCACUUCAUGGUCAGCAAUACGGAGCAGCCUCACUUCAAGAAUUUCGCAGCUACAUCUAAGCGCAAGGUUUCAUCUCCCUCCCUCCCUUCACAACCUCUCAUCCUCCACCCCUCUCCUCCCCUUCAGGGUCGGGUCAAGACGCGGCACUACAUGAUGAACAACACCGAGCAGCCAAACAACCGCAUGGCCACCAUGCAAGCCGCCCUCCGUACAGUCACUCACUUCACCCGCAGCAUCAACUACACAGGGAUGCCCAUUUUCCUGACCUACUCGCCCAUGCAUGGCAACGUGCGAGUCAACAGCACUGCUCCCUCGGUGGGCUGUAGCGCCUACAUGGACCCAGUGGGGCCGGAGGCGGUGGAAGUGCCGCAGUGGAAUAAAGACUGCAUGGGAGUGCGGAAUGCGCAGAUUGAGGUGAGGUUCGGAGGGGUGCUGAGGGGUUGA